AUGAGUUCGAUCCCUCUCAGCCAAAUCUUUCUCUAUUAUUUUCUUACCUUUAAUCUUUUACUCAUUCGUCUGCUUUUUUUAUCUACUUUUUCUUCCUUUUAUUCGUUCUCUUUUCUUUCAUUCUUUCAUUCUUAUUCUUCUUUUUCAUUUAGCUUUUAUCUCCCUCUUUUACCUAUUCUGUUAUUUGUUUUUUUUUCAUUACUUUCUUCUUCUUCUUCUUUCUUCUUCUUCUUUCUUCUUUUUCUUAUUUCUUCUUUCUUCUUCUUUCUUCUUUUUCUUAUUUCUUCUUUCUUCUUCUUCUUCUUCUUCUUCUUCUUUCUUCUUCUUAUUUCUUCUUUCUUUUUCUUCUUCUUCUUUCUUCUUAUUCUUCUUCUUCUUCUUUCUUCUUCUUCUUCUUCUUCUUCUCAUUCAUUGUGGUUUUCUUCUUACGUCUUUUUUCUAUUUUUUCUUUCUUUGCUUCUUAUUUUUCCGUUCUUCUCUUUUUCAUUUUUCUCUCAGCUUCAUUCAUUUAUCCUAUUUCGAAUCCUUUUAUGUUAUUUUAAUUCAAUGCAUUCUACUUCGUUCAUAAACUCCUUUUAUUCUUCUUGCUUCAUUUUUCUGCUUUUUAAUUUCUACUUAUUCUUUCCUCUUUCCUCUUUUUCUUCUUAUUUUUUUUAUUUUCAUACUUUAUUUCAUGUCAUUCGACUACGUAUUUUUGUUGUUGUUGUUAUUGCUCUUUUUCCUUCUUCUUCUUCUUCUUCUUCUUCUUCUUCUAAAUUCUAUUCCUCGCGCUUUUGCUCCUCUUCUUUCUUUGUACUUUCUCUCCCCCACCACACACAAUUUCUUCCCUGCCAAAUCUUUGACAGGUCAAAAACCGCCCUCCUCUAUCCUUUUCAAAACACGACAGCCAUUCGUGACACAUCGUUGUCACUGGGCCAUCAGCAAUAA